ACAACAUGAAGAAACCCCCGCUGACCACCGAGGAUUUGCUUUCUCAUGGACCAUAAGAUUUUUUCUCAGUGCAUCAGCCAACUUCAUGGCUGAAUAUUCAGUCAUUUCAAGGCGCAGGCAAACAGACAGGAAGAAGACAUUACGGACUGAAUGAGAGAGUCAGAGCACGUGCGAACAGAUGAGUCAAAUAUGAGUGAUAGAUGAUGUAACAACAACUGGGACAGUCUUCUGACAGACCAUGGAGCUAAACUGCACCAGCAGAAAGGGAGAAAGUGCUUUUUAAAAGCUUGUGACACUUAUUCAUUUAUUUCACCAAUGACAAAACAAGUUACAAUCUCAGGAAGUGAAGAGUUAAUGACCUAAUUCAGAUUAAAUGACCUCACACUGAUAAGUAGCCCGCCUCCUCACUAGGUGAUGGAACAUAAUCACAAAUGGACUCUUAUCAUAGAGGCUGGAGUGUGUGAGAUAACAUGAUAUUUCGUGUGUGUGUGUGUGUGUGUGUGUGUGUGUGGAUGGCUGUUUAACUCAGUGGAGUGAGUUUUGAUGCUAUAUUCAGCAAUGUUGCGGCGUGGGCUACUAGCCUGGGUCUCCCGAGUUGGGGGCAUGCUGGUGAUCCUCUGCUGCUCCCUCUCACUGCUCUAUGUGAUGACCUGCAGCCCUCCACACUCCGAUGACCUUCCACUGAGUCAUGCAUUACCCCGUGCUGGACCCAAUCACCCCAGCCUGGGGGACUCAGGGCCGGGGAUUGGAGCAGGGGCUGGUGGGACAGGCGGAGCCGGAGCUGGGCCCGCUCAAAGCGGUGGAUCACCAGGUGUCCAGUCGUACCAGGUGCUCCUCCAAGAGCGUGAGGAGCAGCACCGCCUACAUAUCUCCUCAUUGAAGAAGGAGAUUGCCCAGCUGAAGGAGGCUUUGCAGGAGCGCAGCCAGCAGCUGAAAGGAGUGCAGGAGAGCCUGAAGAGAGGUGCCAGGGGCCCAGCAGAGGGACGGGAAGCUGGGGCCGGGUCCCAGGGAGGUGGUCUUGGGGAGGCUCAGGGAGCCAAGGGCCAGCAAACCGAUCUCCAGGAGUUCCUGAGGAGCCAGCUGUCGAAGGCCGAGGUGACCACCGGCAUCAGGCUGCCCAGUGAGUAUGCGGUGGUGCCAUUUGAAAGUUUCACCCUGCAGAGGUUGUAUCAGCUGGAGAUGGGGCUGACGCGCCACCCUGAGGAGAAGCCAGUGAGGAAGGACAAGAGAGAGGAGCUGGGGGAGGUGCUGGAGAUGGCUCUGCACAGCCUCAACACACUUUCAUCCCAGCAGGACAGCAGGGGUGCAGCGGAAAAGACUCAAACUAGCAAGGUUUAUGCACCGUCUGACUUCAUAGAAGGUAUCACUCGUACAGAGAAAGACAAAGGGACGCUGUACGAACUGACCUUCAGAGGGGAGUCGAGUAAUGAAUUCAGACGCCUGGUCCUCUUCCGUCCCUUUGGACCGCUGAUGAAGGUGAAAAAUGAGAGGGUGGACACAGCCAAUGUCCCCAUCAACAUCAUCGUCCCGCUGUCCAGGCGCACAGACAAGUUCAAACAGUUCAUGCAGAACUUCAGGGAAGUCUGUGUGCGUCAGGAUGGCCGGGUCCAUCUGACAGUGGUGUAUUUUGGGAAAGAGCAGAUGAGCGAAGUCCGCAGCACUCUGGAGAACACAUCCAGGGAGGUUAAUUUUAAGAACUACACUCUGCUGCAGCUGGACGAGGAGUUUUCUCGGGGACGAGGCCUAGACAUCGGGGCCCGAGCCUGGAAAGGAGGCAAUGUGCUGCUUUUCUUCUGCGACGUAGACAUCUACUUCACCGCUGACUUCCUCAACAGCUGCCGACUCAACACACAGCCCGGUAAAAAGGUUUUCUACCCGGUGUUGUUCAGCCAGUACAACCCCACUCUGAUCUAUGGAAGCCCGGAACACAUCCCACCUGUGGAGCAACAGCUGGUGAUCAAGAAAGACACGGGGUUCUGGAGGGAUUUCGGUUUCGGGAUGACCUGCCAAUACAGCUCCGACUUCAUUAACAUAGGAGGCUUUGACAUCGACAUCAAAGGCUGGGGUGGCGAAGAUGUCCACCUCUACAGAAAGUACCUUCAUAGCAACCUCCUAGUGGUUCGAGCACCGUCGAGAGGCCUCUUCCACCUCUGGCAUGAGAAGCACUGUGCUGACGAGCUCCCGCCGGACCAGUAUCGCAUGUGCAUGCAGUCGAAGGCCAUGAACGAGGCCUCGCACGGCCAGCUGGGGAUGCUGUUCUUCCGGCAUGAGAUUGAAUCUCACCUCCGCAGACAGAAACAGCAGCAAAACUCAAAUCCAAAGAAGACAUGAAGACUCCAAGUUGGUUGGAUUAUAAUUACCGCAAUGACUGCAACCAGUUAAAAUUGAGAAGAUGAAUUCAACUGAUCUGUACUAAGUCAGAUUUUAAAGGAAUAGUCCAACAUUUUGGAAAAUACACUUAUUUGCUACUUGCUUUCCCUGUUUACACUCUAUAUGCUAAUAUAACAUAAUCUAAUCACCUGCAGAGCUCUAGCUCUAUAUUUAGCAUACAAUGAUGAGGGUAUUGACAUGGAGCUAUGAGAUAUGCUAAUAUAUGCUGCUGCUGCUGCUGCUGGAAGACUUGAGGCUGAGGAAAAACAGCAGGCACGACUCUCUCCAAAGGUAGAAAAUCCACCUAGUCUCUACAGUUGCUUCUUACAAUUCGUUUUUUUUUUAUGGACUAAACAAACUAGCUGUAACGUGUUAAUUAGUGAGCUUUAGAUGGGCAGGUAGGCAGAUUUUGUUCCCUUUGGACGGAGCUGUUUCCCUCCACGUCCAGCAGACUUUAAAGCUAAGCUAAACUGCUGCUGGCCCUAACUUCCUAUUUUUCAUACAGAUGUUAGAGAAAUAUCAAUCUUCUCAUCUAAUUCUCAGAAAGAAAGAGGAUAAGCAUAUUUCGUAUAAAUCAUAUUUCCCAAAAUGUCAAACUAUUCCCUUAAUGAAAAAUGUGAAGACUUUUAAACGAACUUUUUAAAAAGAUUUAGCAGCACAUUCUCGCUCUGUUGUGGCUGUGGAAAAGGACAACAUGACGUUACUGUCAAAUGAAACAGAUUGAACUGCUUGAGGCAUUUAUCUAAACAGCUAUAGUGGACUUUCAUUUUGUCUGACACAUCCAUCUGUGAUCUAAUGUCUAUUUGUGUAUUCCUCUGUAGCUGCAGCAAGGCCUUUGAGCUCUAACAUCUCUCUGAACCAUGUGCCUUGCGUAGAUAAAGCCUAAACACUGUCUCUUCAUGAUUGCCAGUGAAAAUUCAACAAACCUACAGGUUUUUAAAUGUAGGGAAACAGAGCCACCUACUGGACCGAAGGUGAAUAACGUAGGUGAAUAAACAAUGAAGGACUUGUUCGAAGCCUGCAAUGGCCCUGUAAACCUUUUUUUU